AAAACAGUGAUGUGCCACUUUGUUGAUACUGUUGUGAGUAGAACGGAAAGUUGUGGAAAGCAGCUGAAUCGUUUUGAAUUGUAGCUAUACUAACUCGGUAUAUUAAAUGCAAUACAAAUAUAAAGGGCAAGAGCAUAACAAGUAAAACCAGGGCAGCGACGAUAAUGUAAUACAACUGGAAAACGGCCAUAAGUAACAGGUAAAACCUGGCCUCUUGUCAAGUUACCUCAGGUAGGGUUAUAUUCUAAUUGUUCAUUUGAUAGCCUCAGAGUAUCAACGUAAACACUCCCUGACACAGUGGAGAAUUAGUUUACAACAAUAUACAGAAAAAAAUGCACUGAUGUUUAUAACUGCAUGCUGAGCUACGGUGUUCUGUGAGUUUUACACAGCCUGGGGCAUCAUCUCCCGUGCUGGGCUGUACGCACUGCCAGCUCCACCCGGCUUUAAGCGUUUGUCUGACGUGAGCCCGCAGGCUGUCAUGGAAGAGCAUAUCAGAACUUCACUGAAGAAAAGAGCUUUACUCAUUCUCUUUGUAUUAUAUAUGAUUUGAGGUGCUCUGAGAAAAAAAUAGAUGUUUAACAUUAUAAUCGCGUGAUUAGCAUCUGUAUCCAACAGAUAAUAAAUGUGCUUAAUUUUGAAUUGUGACACAUUUAAACAUGUUUAUCCCGCAACUGAUAAUAAGGCCGCUUUAUAAUGUUGAUGAUGUAAAAUUAAAACUUGAAACCACUCUGUUUAAGAAAUAAGUUCAUCCAAGUUAGAAGAUAAAUGAUUUCAUUUAUAUUGCAUUCUAAAUGUAGACAUGAAAGAAAUCCAUGUAUUUAUGAAGCAAAGGAUUUUUUUUUUUCAGAAAUAAGAAUACUUUGAACAUGUUAAACGGUAGCAAUUAUUUGAGUGUAGUGACGUGACUCUGAAGUAUAUAAUCUUGUAUACAUUACGGUACACGGUACAUAAAUACGUGUAACUGCCCAAACUACCACCACAACCUAUACGCGUCCCUAUUAUUGCAAAUUAAAUAUUUUUUUCUAACUGAUAAUGUUAAACUUGAUAAACGGUAUAAACCUGUUGGGAAAGCUUGUUAUUUAAAAAAAUGACAAGAAAAAGAGUUUGUUAGAAGAUGCAGUAGUGUAAUCUUUUGUUACUGUUGGCAGAUACAGUAGUGUAACCUUUUGUUACUGUCGGCAGAUACAAUGGUGUAACCUUUUGUUACUGUCGGCAGAUACAAUGGUGUAACCUUUUGUUACUGAGCUGGUUUUAACCGAUUGGGGUGUUCUUCAUUUCCACUGUUCACGAAAGCACUUCUAUUCUGGAAUGUUUAUGGCGUCACCCGAUGCAACAGGCCUUCUUCAUACCUUGGCUAGACUGUAAGGUGGCCUCUAUCUGGGCGUCUCGGUGGAUGGGUAAGGUAUAUAUACAGCUACUGGCUGGGGAAGAAAGAUGCGCAUGGCAUGUAAUGCCGGGUAUUAGGUCUGACAAUUGCAUUAUCAAACAGAUGGAGACAGUACAAGACAAACCGGAUGGCUCCAUAGAUUCGAACUCAGCACAGAUGAUAGGCCAGGACGCAGUUCAUCAAUAUAGUCAAUCAGUUCAAAAUGAACUGUUGUGUCAAAGAAGCCAAAACUCUCUGCCACUGGACGACACUGAGGCGGAACAGCCACCUACUCUCAGGCGCCAGCGUAAACUGGAGACACCGGCUGACUUGGACACCAACAGCCCAAGGCACGUUUGCACGUGCCACGUUGAGCGUGGGCAGCAAGGUCAUUGUUCCCGAGAGAGCAUUGAAUAUCAAUUGUUUCGGCAGGAUUCGAGAUUUGAUCUAAACCCGCAACUCGGUGAUCACCCCCUCCUUAGGUGCCACCCUGACCCGUCCCUAGAUGGUUCACCUUCCACGGAUUCGACAGACACCAUCACUGGCCUUGUCCAGAAGUUGAAGGAUAUGUUGUUUACGAAAGAUAAUGACCUCAGAUCACUUGAAAAGUGUGACUCCGUCAGACUCGGUGUGCAGAAGUCCACUGGAUAUGAACCCUUCGGGUGCGACCUCCACAGCUACAAGGACCCCAACAGGAACAGGUGGUUCCAUUUACUUAAAUACCCUGGCAUAAACCAAGACAACACAGUGGCAAGAGAACUCGGAAUCGAAGAGAAUGACGAAAUCCUGAUGAUUAACAAGGAGGUUGUCACGCGGGUGAAUCAGCAACAGGUGAAAAUGAAGAUAUCUCGUACGCUGAAGAGCGGCAAUGUCACGUUGUUGCUUCGUCGACUUGUAGAGGGCGAAAUGUUCGAAUACCUAGAGAUCCAAGCUAAAGUAGAAGUCAUAGAGGGGACGAUCCGUGCGUCGCGGACAAGUAUUGUAUAUUCAACCGCUAAAGGAAGCUACCUUGUGUUGCGUAAGGAAGAGGUGGAAUCUAAACAGAUAAACAUCUUCCACAGAGACAAUGUUGUUUGCUGGAGUGGAGAUGAAUUAGUUACUGAGGUGCGGCCACCCGAAGAAUAUACCUUUGAGCGGUUUAUAGUGGAAGCAUAUCACUUGAGCACUGGCCAUAUUCACUUUUUCUAUGUUUUGAAAUGUGGAGACAGAUACGCGGAAUCUGGGGAAAACGGUGUAAAGCUGAAGCCUGCCGGAAGUGGAUGGUCUCCGAGAAAUGUGGACUCUCGCUUCUUUCGAGUUCAUGUAAUAGAAACUGGUUCCCCCAGAAAGAUUGUACUGGAAUGUGCAGAAAAACAAAAUUAUUAUCUUGCCUGCAAAAACGGAAGGGUAGAAUUUAUACAGGCCAAUCACCCCGCUGACGCGCGUGACUUCACCGUAUUGAAAGAGGUUGAAAGAGGUUCACUUUAAUCGUGUCGUUGCGUGGGAAUGUCAUUCAGUUUGGUAUUAAGCGAAUCAGAAUGCAUAGUUUUCAACUUCGAUGGUAUUAUCACCGUCAGCAGGGCAAGGGAGACAACCGUUUGAUCCACUUACUGGUGCUACUUUAUAGAGGAAGUGACCAAAGUGACUGUUAGACUUUCACGCUUUUUGAGACUGUGCAUUUACAUAAAUUUGUUGUGUUCUUUAUUGUUUUGUUUUGUUUUUAGGGGUGGGUCACUCUUCCUAUGAGUACAUGUAUAGUUUUACACUUUUUGGCAUCGAAUUCUUUUCGAUAAACGUUUAUGAGGAAUGUGUCAAACUUCUUGGGAAUAUAUGCUUGCUUUUCUUCGGACUGUGUUCCGGAUGAAGGAUGGUGUGCCCCCUAAGUGGUAGAACAAGCAGGACGUACUUUUUGCAUAGCUUCGGUGAUUCCCUUAUUCCAAUGCCAACAAUUAUCCCGAGGACAUCACCCAGGAACACGUUUUAUUACGACUGAAGCGGUACUUACAGGCGUAUUUCAGUCAGGAGGACAUUACCCAGAAACACGUUUUAUUAUGACUGAAGCGGUACUUACAGGCGUAUUUCCCACCCAGAAGUGUUUAUUCUUGACUUGGGCAUUUCGUCCAGUUGUUGCCCUUUAUAGUCAUAUGGAUCACAUAUAAAAGACUCCAACAUGGAGAAUAAAACUAGAGCACCGACCACAGUUCGAUAGUGGCCAAAUGGUCAUGCACAUGCGACCACAGUUCGAUAGUGGCCAAAUGGUCAUGCACAUGCGACCACAGUUCGAUAGUGGCCAAAUGGUCAUGCACAUGCGACCACAGUUUGAUAGUGACCAAAUGGUCAUGCACAUGUUACAGUAACAGAAAUACGGCCACUUGUCUAUUUUUCUUAUUUAGGGUAUUGCCUUAACUGUGCAUGUAAAUGAUCUUCGGCAAUUAUCUGCCCUUCGGUCAAGCAUUUGUCACUUUGUCCAUUUAAAUAACGAAUCUUCUUUUCAGCUUUAGAAGGUACUCACUAUAGAAACCAAAGCAAUGUUUUUAUUAUGAAUUACUAUUUAUUCUGUGCUAAUAUAUUGCCUUGGCUUACCUGUACAUGAGCAUUUUCUUAUUUUUAUACACAUAUUUGGAGCAGCUAACGUUCUGUUUGCUUUUUUUGUAAUUGUUGUGACUUUGUUACAUUUUUUGUCGAUGUUUUUAAUGAUGGAGAUACUUAAUAGUUUGCAUCUUAGAAAAAGUAUUUACAAAUAAUAUCUGUAAAUACUUUUGUCGUUCGUUAAGAUAAUUGCUCAUGAGUUAAUAAUAUAUUCAAGACCAGGGUCCUCAUUGAACCUGGAAGUGUAACAUGUCACAUACUCAGACGAGAAAACAAACAAUGGCUUCAGAAAAAAAAGGACGCGCAUGCCAGAUUACAAAUGUUAUUUUCGCAACAGAAUAAAAAUCUUGCUUUUUACACAACAUCUAGUUGGUUGCGUACGAGGUACAAGUGCUAAAACAGUCGUACAUCGGAAAAUGGGAUGGGUGUAUUUUAAAUGCUGGGAUGGUGAGGUUGAGCUCCGUGGCCUAGCGGUUAGCGCCUGAGCGCAGACCAGUGCCACAGGCGCCUUCAUCAAUGCGGUCGUUGUGAGUUCAAGCCCAGCUUAUGCUUCCUCUCGGUCACAAGUGGGAAAUCUGGCAGCAACCCGCGGAUGAUCGUGGGUUUUUCCGUGACAGAAAGCCCGAUUUUCUCCUUCCAUAAUAAUGAUCGCCGUAGUAAAAGUGAAAUGUCCUUGAGCAUGGCGUAAAAUUCCCAAGUUAGGGCAAAUCCCUAUUUUUGGCGAUUAUCCUGCCCGCACUGGUUGGGGACGUUGCUGACACACGAGAUGCGGGUUCAAAGCCCCAACCGACUGGGACCAGCUCAGUAUGACCAACGCCGUGUCUUGUACUGGUCACUUUCACUAUAGUGUAUUUCUUUUACCGGGUCGCCUAUAUUCAGCUCUCUACAAAAUCAGUCAUACUCGCUACCAAAAUUGCCUUCAGUCAGUUUACAGACAGCUGAAUGUAGGAAACUAUCUAAAAGACGAUAAAUACAUAGAUGCCAGUUGUUAGAUCAAAGGGUUGUCAGCCUUUGGCCCAUGCACCCGCAUGCAUUCUACUGUCAAAGAUGUUUCCUUGAAGAAAGGGGUCUCAUCAGUAGGGCGUUUAUACGUGGAGACUCACGAGCCUUCUUUAUAUAACCGACAUAUUAAGCUCAGCCUUCAAUAUGCUACAAAGCUCUAUAAAUGCUAAAAAGCUCAUGCUACAAAUCUUGCCUAAGACUGUCUUUUCUAUCCAUCAUAUGUAGAUAAAAUUAACAAAUGUUCUAACAAGAUCCUUCCGUUUCGUCUUCGUAUACGGGACCAUAUUGUGGAGGCUUACAUCAAGUUACUGAUUCGAAAGUCAAAAGAUUCGGCGAGGGUUGCGGGUGCUGCUGUUAAAACAGAGAGUCUCUUCUCUUCGUCUUCCUUCCUCAUCUUCAAUCUUCUCAGCCCGAAGCCAGAGCUAUACUCCUGGCCUUAUCAUAUGUUUCUUCUGGGCGUGCCCAGAAGGCAAUGAUAUGCAGUGACUCGCCCUCCUGUCUUUUGGCAAUACAGCAUAAUAAGUUUAAAAAUCCUUUUAUACUUGAAAUAUUAACCUUACACAGAAAACUAAAAAAUAAAUGUUUUCGUCGCCUUUGGCAGGGUGAAUGGGACCUUCAGGUCCAUAAUAAAUUGCACAGUGUUCACCCUGUGAUUGGCUUUAGUUUGUAUACUCAGGGUAUGUCUGGUAGAGAUCAAGUAGUUUAACGAAGGGUAUUGAGCAUUCUCUUCUAACUCACAUUUUUGUUCUUGAUGGGGGUUCUGCCCCAGAGUGUACUGGAUGUGGUGCUCUAUACGUCAUCAUACAUAUCCUAGUUGAUUGUGUAGACUUUGCCCAUGUUCGGCAAAGAUUCUACACACUCAUAUCCUAUAUCAUAAAAUAUAAAUUUUAAUUGUCAUAAAUUCUUAUCAAUAAAAAGUUAUAUACACAUAGAUUUCAUGAUAUACUAUUUUCAAA